GGAUGAAAACAUGGCGGUGGCCAAACGAACGUGGAGAUUAGAAUUGUAACGUUUUUCGUGCGUUUUGGUCGAUUUUUUGAGAUCUGAAAGCGAUAUUGUUAUUUUAAAUAAUGGAAGGUAGAGACAGAGAAGACUUUGAUGGAGGAAAUGAGUCCCGGGGCUUCACAAACUGGGAGAAACAAUGCAUUGAGCAGCUCGAGUCCCAACCCGAUGUCGACGACAGAUCAGCAAUUGAAAAAGAACAAGCCUUGCAGCGUUUGAGGAAUCUGUUUCAGAACGCAGCAACGGCUUGUGCCCAGCUUUAUAAAGAGCGACAGAAUCGGAGCCAAACUUAUGAUCGUUUAUGGAGCCCUUUCCAAGACACUGCAAAUACUAUAACGCUUCUUUAUAAAGAUGGUGCUGAUGCUUAUAAGCGCGGCUUGGACUUGGGCUUCCAGUCUGGAUAUCAAAAGCGCAGUAAAGAUGUCCUUUCUUGGGCUAAGAAGAAAAAGAGAAUUAUUCUUCGUGAGGAGUUGUUGUCAUAUUUGGCUGGCCGUUCACCUCCAAGACGGAAUCAUGAGGCAAGACACACUUCAAGUACAACGUUAGGAUCAAAUUCAAUGGUUCUGCCAUCUGGAAUGGACUCUGAUAUUUUAGACACAGAUGCACAGUACUAUGGGACACCUCUAGAUACCUUUACCGUUCGACCUGAACUUAAUACAGCUGCUUACCUCUCUGCUGGUGGGGGCCUGAAUUCUUAUCAUAGUCCUCGCCGCAGAAGCCACUCUGACACAAACUUUGGUGAUACUGAAGUUAGGGAAGGAAGAAAACGAUCAGCAUGUUCAACAGACAUUGUUAUGGAGUCGCCUUCACACAAACGAAACCGCUACUACUAAAGAGAUUGCCAUAAACAUUAUUUGUCCAUAAAUUUUUCCAAAAUAACAGUACAAGAUGAAAACAAGCUACUAUGUUACUGGGAGAUUGAAGUUUCAGUUUUGUAAAGAUUUUGGUAAAGUUACCAAGAUUAACUGAGUUGUGCUGUGUAUGAUGAAAAUGAUUAUAGUAAAUAGUGUGUUGAAAUACUAUAAA